AUGCAGCAGCACUCCAGGGAGCGGGUGUACGUGCGAGCAAUUGCGUGGAGGGCUGACCUUCAGCUGCGAAUCCUAAACAUUCGGUUCAAGGUCGUAGCAAUGUACCGCAAGGAACAGCGUGAGGGAGCCGAAAGGUUUUAUCGCUUGAUUACUCAAAGCUCUCGCAGUGUUCCAGCAGCUAGCGAUGGUCAAGCGGAAGACACGCCGACAGCUGACGAUGCCGCCCUCACGCCGUCUGAAUUCAACCUGUGGUGUGCCGUGGCGCGGCUCAGGGCUCAGUAUGAGUGGUCACAACGGAACGGCAUGAUUGACAUUAUAGAAGGCUUGGGACUUCCCCGAACUGUUGACUACCUGACCUUGUACUACGGCGGCCGGGCCGUCGACGAUAUCCCAACAAGCGCCGUCUUCAAAGCCGAAACCGGGCCUGGACGGCUCGCGUUCAUCCACCUCCGAAAGAUCGAAAAGAUCCGAGACAAGCAUCUCGGGCUCAAACAUGCCCGGAGUCUCGACAAGCUGUUCGCCAAGAACAAGCCGGUCGCCACGCGCACAUUCAAGAAGCUGCAGCGUCUCCAGCCAGCCGUGGAAACGGAGGAUCCGUACAUCGCGGGCAUCCUGAUUGCGCUGGCGCAAGAGCAACGGCAGGCGAGAGGACGAGCGAGCGCCGAGAGGGUCAGGGCCAUUGCGCUGCCGUACCUAAAGCACUUUUCGACCAAGGCCUAUUUCUACACCGCGUGCAUACCGAAGGCGUUCCUGGACAGGCUGGAGCGGCCCUGGGAAGCUGGGGAAUGCGACGAGGUGACGGUGCGGUACGGAGGCAUCAGCCUGAAGGAUGAGGAGGCCGCGCUGCAGUGCUUCAGGAAGUUUCUGGACGGGACGGUGCAUCGUACUGAUGAGUAG